GACCCGGCUUUCUCGGCGUGUUCAGUUCGAUUCAAUGUAUCAUUCUACUGUCCAUGAUUAUCCGAUCCGAGUCUCGUGGUCUGAUCAAAAGCACAGGGUUCAAAUUGUCUCGAGAAAAUGAUAGACUUUCGCAAUAAUUCUGGAAAUGUCGAUGCCGAUAAUGGAAGAUAUAACAACACUAAUAUACCUGUCACUUCACAACCAAGUUUAGCUCCACUUAGCCCAUUCUUGAAUUUUGAUCCGUCGUAUCUUCCCGUCAGUCAGCCAGAAUUUAUAUUUCCCGAUGGUGCUUUAAAACAAAGAGGCCGCUUUGAGUUGGCUUUCAGUCAGAUUGGAGCUGCUUGUAUAACAGGUGCUGGAAUUGGUGGAACAUCAGGUUUAUACAGAGGCAUCAAGGCAACCUCUAUCGCUGGUGAAACUGGCAAACUUAGAAGAACACAAUUGAUUAAUUAUGUCAUGAAGGGUGGUGCCAGUAUGGCAAACUCGCUUGGUGUAAUAACAAUAAUGUAUACUUGUGCUGGAAUAGGCUUAACCUGGCUCAGAGGAACCGAUGAUAGUUUUAAUACAGUUGCUGCAGCUGCUACAAGUGCCAUGGUGUUUAGAUCUCCUGCUGGAGUUAGGAAAGCCGGUAUUGCGGGCGCUAUUGCGGCAGGAGUUGCAGUAAUAUACUGUGCAUGGAAUAACGGAGGCUUGUCGUUACAGCGUAUGAAUGGAUGGAAACAUCCAGCAUUGAUGUAACAAAUUGACAUCUAUACAAUGAAAAAAUUUUCAAUGCGUUCUCAUAUCCUCAAUUACUUGUACAUAGAAAAUCUCACACCAAAUGAUACAAAUAAAUUAUAAGAGAUAUGUUAGAAUAAAAAAAUUAAUUAUCAAAACUAGCAAUGCAUGUAUUCUCAAAUAAACAUAUACUGACAUUA